AUGGUCGGCGAUCCAACAGCAGUCGGCGACCCAACAGCAGUCGGCGACUCAACAACAAUCGGCGACUCAAACACGAUCGGCGACUCAAACACGAUCGGCGAUGGGACCACAUCUACCUAUUGGACCGAUGAUGCCAUUUGGACCGAUGAUGCAUCUACCGAAUUAUCCAUUCCCGGUACCUUUUGCUAUGCUACCACAGCCUCCUAUGCCACAACCUUUGCUGGCCCAAGGACAUGGCGUUCAAGUUCACGGUCAACUCGUUUGGUUCCCCAGCAGCCGUCAAAUAGACCACCGACACCGGAUGCCUCUGAAGCAUCUUCCCCUAAGACUCGAACGGUUACGACUUCUCAAGCACCUAUGAUUCAAGAAGCUCCCAAGACACCACCGGCACAACGUGAUCCUUCUCCUAACCCCUCUCCAACCUCAAGAGAUCUGGAAGUGUUAGAGAAAGCUACAGGUUUUCUUACCAUUUGA